CCAAACUCGACCUGACUUCCAUGUCGAAGUCGCGGUCUAUUUCCUAACAUCCACACUCCUUGAUCGACCGCCACAGCUUAAUCACUUGCCGAGCCCUCCCAGUUACCCGCCGCCUUCGACAUUUUCUUGGAAGGCUUAGUCCUCUCUUCUCCGAAUCAACAUCAACUCGUCGCAGCGGCAAAACCACAACCAUGGCGCCGCUGGAUUACCCAGACCACAAUACCGUCGAGCGCCAGCUCAAGGACGUGAUCCAGAUCCUCUACGAGAUAAUGAUCCAAGUCCCCAACUACGACUCCCACACCGCCCCAGCCUCGGGCGCAGGCGCGGGGCCCAACGGCAACGGCACCCCGCUCCGCGGCAGCAACGCCCCUCCCACGCGCGACGUGCUCGCCAGCCAGCUGACCCAGCUGUCCUCGGCCCUGCAGGCCAUCCACAGGGUGUCGUCGCACCCGGCGGCCGCCGAGAACCUGCCGUCCCUGCCGUACGAGCUGAUCCAGUACGUCGAGGGCGGCCGCAACCCGGACAUCUACACCCGCGAGUUCGUCGAGCUCGUCAGGCGGCAGAACCAGCUCAUGCGGGGCAAGAUGCACGCCUUCUCGUCCUUCCGCGACGUCCUUGCCCGCGAGAUGGGCGAGGCCCUGCCCGAGCUGAGGGACGAUGUCGCCCAGGUUGUUAAGGGGACGGGCGGGGAGUGGCCGCUGAAGGAGGAGCCCGGCCAGUGAGUGAGUGAGUGGUUUGUGGCUUGUGGCGUUGUAGGUGGCCCUGGAAGGAUAGGACUCGGGGGCUUUUUUUUCUCUUUUGGGUUACUCAAUCGAAUUUGACAGUGCAUGUUGCUGUGAGAAGCAUGACAGAGGGGGAGCCAGAAGCAUUUACGGCGUUUUGUAGUGGUUUCGGUUGAAAGGCCGGGAAAUGAUACCCAACUUCUUUUACGCAAUGACGGAGAUCACGUCGAUACAUGAUGCAGGGGGCUGGACACUCCCAAUCUGAAGUAGUUCAAAUUAAAGGCCGCAGUGGUAGGGCAGUUGGAAAGUCUGUGGCAUUCUAUGUGGAGAAGAUGUGGCCCUGCCGACAAUGACUGACGAGCUGAAUGCGCUCCCCAGCACACAAAUG